AAAACAUAAUGUUUUUAAUUUCAAUUUAAGCAUUAGAAUUUAUUAUAGAUAGUGUAAUGAGUUUUAUGUAGGAAAGAACAUUGGAUUUGGAAUAUUAAUAUGAACUUCUGAUACGACUAAGUGAAGAUAUUCUAAAAAAGAAAAUUCGCAAAAGUAAGAAUGGCAAAUAAUAAUACAAAGAAAAGUAAGGGGCCCAUAAUUGACCCGGCGCUUUGUCGAUGCUGCCACUCAAUUAAGAAAUGUCGCCUGCUCACCUUCGAGUACGAAUUUAUGGAGAAUAAGGAGGUCUACUCUGACAUGUUUAUGGAUGUCUUUGGUCUUCUUCUAUCACACCUGGAUGGAGAGAGCUCAGAGUGCUGCAUCUGUGCGACGUGCGUGGGCCGGCUGCGGGAGGCGGCGGAGUUCCGGCGACAGGUGCUGCAGUCUGAGCAGAUGUUCCUGGAGACACGCCUUCGGGAGAACGAUAAGAACGUAAAGCUGGAAGUGAAACUGGAAGAGGCAGCUGACUCGGACUCCCGGGAGCAUCUGGACGACGUAGCUGAUCAUAUUGAUGAUUCGGAAAUGCACAUGCAGAUGAACUCCACCGAGAAGACAUACAAAAGAACUAGAAAUGGCCACAAAUCAAAGGACAAGGGGCACAUCCGUACCGGCAAGAUACAAAGGCUGCACAGGAACCUUGACAAAUUGUUAAAAACAGAGCUACCGUCAGAGAAAGCGCAAACCAAAAAGCAAUCCGAAGCCAUGGACCAGAACCGUAUGGCACUCAGCAAUACCAUCACUAUAGUGAACUAUUCAUAUGUCUGUCCGUUCCACAACCGGAUCAGUUUUUACUAUUGCUACUAUUGUCGGGAUCAAUUCACAAACCCCAUAGAGCUAAGAGAGCAUACUUGGACCCACGAACCUACAGAACUAUUCGAAAACUCCAUAGAGAAUAAGAAGAUACCCAAAAUAGAUAUAACAAGAAUUGAUUGCAGAUUGUGUCAAGAGAAAAUAGAUAAUUUGGAUGAAUUCAAAAACCACAUAACAACGAAACACCAGAAAUUUCUGCAUCCGAUUGCAAAUGAGUUUUUAAAAUUCAAGUUGACGUUGAAUAAUUUGACAUGUACAGAAUGUGAUUCAGUCUUUCCAUACUUUGAUUCGUUGAAGAAACAUAUGAUCGAUCACUUUGGGACGUUCACUUGUGAUGUGUGUGGUUCGUGCUUUCUUGAGCAAGCGUCCCUCCGUACCCACAUAAAGACACACAGCAAAAUCGAUGCGAACUACCCGUGUGAGAUAUGUGGGAAGAAUUUGAAAUCUAAAUACAGCAUGGGACUGCAUGUGGCCACUGUCCAUGAGAAGAAACCAACGAUUAACUGUUACAAAUGUGAGGCUGUCUUCCUAUCAUAUGCAUUACGGAAUAGGCAUUUGAUCGAAGUCCACGGUGACAAGAGAACGUUCCCAUGUAAGUUAUGUGAUAAAGUGUACAAUCGAAGGAAGACAUUGAUAGAACACCAUCGACGGAAUCAUUUGAAGAUCUUCAAUCAUCAGUGUGAUUUGUGUGACCAACGGUUUUAUUUGCCAUCUCGGUUGAAGGAACACAUGGCAACACAUACCGGUGAGAGGAACUUCAGGUGUGAGUUCUGUGACAAGAGUUACCCGAGGUUGCAGUCGUUGCAGGAGCACGUGAGGUCUCACAGCAACGGAAGGAGGUACAAGUGCGAGGUCUGCAGUACGGGGUUCACUCAGACCGCUGGGUUGAGGAAUCACAUGAAAGCCCACCAUAAUGUGUUCGACAUGGAUGGCAGUUUUACCAAUUGAUUAUACUUUUCUUAUAUAUAAAUUACUUUUGCCUGGCAGCACCACAGAUUAUAGAAUUUUUGCAUUGUUCAUGG